CGUGCUUGCGGGCAGGGAGAUUUGCUCCUGGACGUUUUUACUUUCAAUAUUUUGGAGUUGCCCUAAAUUAUCUAGUGUGCCGCGUUUUCCAAUUCGGUUCCUCGAGGGUUUAUUUAUUUAUUUAUUUUUUCUGUUUUUUGUUUGAGCAGCACUGUGUUAAGCGUCCUACAAACUGCUGAGGUCUGGGAGAGGUUCUGCUUGUGGAGAGUCGACCUCGAAUGAUCGCCACUUCCCCUCCCCCAGUGUGCCUGGCAAAUAGAUCGACCUAGCCCACCCCAGCUCACUCUUAUUGUCCCUUAUGGAUCCCUCUGCCACCUGCAAGGAGGCUGAAGAGAUUGGGAGAGGAGAGAAGAGGAAAAGAAAUCUGCUCAGUAUCUCUAUUGUUCUGUUACCGCGGGAAAGACAGACCCGGAUGGUCCAGAGGGGCGACUGGAAGAUAGAAGCUUAACUCAGCAUCCCCAGUCCAAUACAGUGCACCCUCCUGCCAAGCCCUCAGUGCGGUUUAAUGUCAGAACCUCCAAGAACCCAGAGCAUGAAGGCUGCUAUCUCUCCACAGGUCAUGACCAACAUUUAAAAGACUGUGAUUUCAAUACCACAGCAAAAACCUUUUUCAUCAUCCACGGAUGGACGAUGAGUGGUAUGUUUGAGAAUUGGUUGUUCAAGCUCGUGUCAGCCCUCCAGAUGAGAGAGAAGGAUGCUAAUGUAGUUGUGGUGGACUGGCUGCCAUUGGCUCAUCAGCUCUACACAGAUGCCGUUAAUAACACCAGAGAAGUAGGCUCUAAAAUUGCCAAGAUGCUGAAUUGGUUACAGGAGAAGGAGCAUUUUUCUCUCGAAAAUGUUCACUUAAUCGGCUAUAGUCUUGGAGCUCAUGUUGCUGGAUAUGCUGGGAACUUUGUGCGGGGGACAAUAGGCAGGAUCACAGGUUUGGAUCCUGCUGGCCCCAUGUUUGAAGGGACAGAUGUGGACAAGCGGCUCUCACCGGAUGAUGCAUACUUUGUGGAUGUUCUCCAUACUUACACUCGUUCCUUUGGCUUGAGUAUUGGAAUCCAGAUGCCCGUGGGCCACAUUGAUGUUUAUCCCAAUGGGGGUGACUACCAGCCAGGUUGUGGGCUGAAUGACAUUUUAGGAUCAAUUGCUUAUGGAACAAUCACCGAGGUGGUGAAAUGUGAGCAUGAGCGGGCUGUGCAUCUCUUUGUGGACUCCCUGGUGAAUCAGGACAAGCAAAGCUUUGCCUUCCAGUGCACAGACUCCAAUCGUUUUAAGAAAGGCAUCUGCCUGAGCUGCCGGAAAAACCGCUGCAACAGUAUUGGCUACAAUGCCAAGAAAAUCCGGCACAAAAGAAACAGCAAGAUGUAUUUAAAGACACGAGCUGGCAUGCCUUUCAAAGUUUACCAUUAUCAGAUGAAAAUCCACGUCUUCAGCUACAACACCAUGGGAGAAACAGAGCCCUCGUUUUAUGUUACACUUUAUGGCACCAACACGGAUUCCCAGUCUCUUCCUCUAGAAAUAGUGGAGCGGAUAGAUUUAAAUGCCACCAACACCUUCCUGGUAUACACGGAGGAGGACAUGGGGGAUCUGCUGAAGAUCAAGCUCUCCUGGGAGGGCACAACUCAAUCCUGGUACAGCCUGUGGAAAGAACUGCGCAAUUAUCUGUCGAAACCCCACAAGCCUGUGAGGGAGCUUCACAUUAGGCGUAUUCGGGUCAAAUCUGGGGAAACCCAGAAGAAAUUGACAUUCUGUGUUGAAGAUCCUGAGCAAACUAGCAUCUCUCCUGGCAAAGACCUCUGGUUUAUCAAGUGCCGAGAUGGCUGGAGAACAAAAAAUCAGACCAGUUCAGCCACGGAUCUGCUCUAAGGGUCCUUUUGGAGGAUUUACCCCCCGAGACCCACUGCCAUCCAACUACAUGGAGAAAGUUACUGCUGAGAUCUUCCUCGAGGGCAGGAUCUCCUCUUGACUGUUAUCAGGAGGGCAGUUUACCAUCGGGCUCAGGCCCUUUUUUCCCACAACUGCUAUUAUGGCGGGCAGGAGGGGAACUCAUCCUUUACUGCAACUUACCACAGCUAUUUAGGCUAGCACUAACCCUAACUAAAUGCUCAGUGGAUCCCGUGUGGAGACUGAGUUCCAGUUCUGUCUACAAGCUUAAUGUCUGUGUGCUUCUUAGUGCUGGUUUGAAGUUCCUUGGAGAAUACCCAUCUGUAUUUUUAGCCAAGGGAAACAGCCAUUCUGAAGAGACUCAUAAUGGAUGAGGUACCAUAAAGGCCACACACACCCCAAAGAUUCUCUGACUGGUGGUCUUUCCUCUCAGGGUCA